AUGACGCCUAACCCUCGACCCCCUCGGAUUAACAUCCAAGGCGAUUAUCAUAGUGAAAAGAAAGGGUCCGCAUCGAGUGCCCAAUCUGGGUCCGGUAACUCGUUUGGUAGCCUAGAUGUCGUUAUCCCUGCCCAUCUGCUCCAAACUGCGACGAACACGGUCUCCAAGCGCGAUGAGGGCGAAGUACCCAACUGGGGGCCUCAGAGGCAGCUCAGUGUACGGCAGAAUCCCAUAUUCAGACAGCUAUCCGCCGCUGUCCGUCCUCCUCGACGACCGGCUGCGAUACAAAGGUCUUCGACAGCUCCAAGCGUGAGGUCCUCUGCGGCACCUUCGCGUGUGGUAUCUCGAGCAAAUAGCACUACAGGGAGCCCAAGGACAUCAUUGCCGAACGAGGCGAAGCCUCGUGUGGUGAAGAGACCAGAGGCGAUAAAUACAAGAAAGAGUUGGAGGUUAUCCUAUACGCCUGGGGACCUCGAGAAGCUGGCCAUUAGUCCAAGAGCGUCACGAGCAGGUUCUCCAGCUUCAGAGACUUUUCCCGUAACCGAGCACGCCUCAUACGACUUCGGGAAACGACCUGUCUCGAAUCCGUUCGGCGAUAAACAUGUCGACAAAUCUGCUAACGCCUCUCGACGUUCUUCGUUCGGUGAGGCCAUCAACCCUUUCCUUUCACGGAACAACUCGUCAUCAUCGAUCGACCAGCACGCCCGCCCCGAAGCGGCCUAUGCCCCCCGGGACGCACGAGAACGAAGCAAUACACUCGAGACCAUUGUCAAUGCCAUCGUCCCUGAUGCCCUGCAGAAGAAGCUGACGAACAACACCACUAACACCGGCGGCUUAGCUCGGCACAGCAGUAUGAGGAAGACGUUCGAGAACGCCAAAUUGCGCGGGCAGGAACUGCAGCGGAAUAAAUACGCCAUGGUGGCCUUCGAAUGGGGCAUCUAUCUCUUCCUCUUAUGUUUCAUAUACUUUGUCUUGAUUGGUAUACCCUUGUGGAAUGGCGCUGUCUGGUGGUUGUACUGGGUGGUCGCUAAUAAGUUUGUCUUCACUGGUGGUUUCAGUAUCACCCUUGGUAUUGGUUUCUUCUACGCCUUCGCGCCUCUCCUUAUCAUGUUCGAGAAGGAUCCUGACCCAGUGGAGAUUACCGCCGAAACGAAGAUUCAGGAAAACGUCAAGGACACCGCGCUCUUGAUUCCUUGCUACAAGUCCGCCAACCUCAUCGCAGCAACGCUCGAAGCCGCACUAAAGAUCUUCCCGGCCUCGCACAUCUACGUGCUGGCAAACGGCAACAGCCCAACGCCGCUCGAUAACACCGAGGAGAUAUGUCGCCCGUAUGGUGUUAACCACAUCUGGUCUCCUGUGGGAUCCAAGAUCGUCGCGCAGUUUGUGGGUUGUUACGCAGCCAAGGCUUUUAAGAACGUGUUGUUGAUCGACGACGACUGUGCACUACCGCCUGAUUUCCCCGUUGUUACCGAGCGUUUGAAAGGCAACGUGAUGUGUCUCGGAUACACCAUUAAGAGUGUAGGACCCAACUCUUCCAAAGGCAACUACUGCCAGCAGGCACAGGAUCUCGAGUAUAAGCUCAGCGGUCUUCAGCGAGACUUUGCAGGUCGCGUCGGUUCAGCCACCUUCCCUCACGGUGCCAUCGCGCUGUGGGACCGCGAGCUACUCGUUAAGACAUUCCACGAACACCCCGGCUUCAGUGUCUCCGAAGAUUGGUUCUUUGGCCACGUCGCGCGCAAGCUCGGUUCUAGGAUCACGAUGUGCUCUCAGGUCUUUGUCGAAACCGAAACCCCAACGUCUGUUUUCUUCUCUAGCGGCGGUUCGCGUGGCGGGUUCGGUGAGAUGACCAUCUUUAGUCAACGAUUCAAACGCUGGAACUUCUUCUUCGUCAACGGCAUGUGGUUCAACCUCGCCUAUAUCUUCGGCAGCUGGAAGCUCGGCUGGUGGGAGAUUGGCGCCAAAAUUUUCGUUUUCCAGGAGGUGUACGAGACCCUUUUGUAUUUGCUGACUCCAUUCAUUUUGCCUAUUUCCUUUUAUGUUCGACCAUCUUUUUGCGGCAUUUUGCUUGGAGCCACCAUCGUUAUGUAUUUCGUCAACACCAUCAUCUUCAACGAGAUCCACCUGCGCCGCAAGAAGGAGCGCAUUGGUUGGUUCACGGUCUACGUCUACUAUCUCCCGUACAAGUUCGUCCUGACGGGCAUCAACGUGGCGAGUUGCUACUGGUCGCUGUACAAGUACGCUCGAUACUUCGCGAAGAGACAUCCCAGGGUCGUCGAAGAUGAGAAGGCGGUUGAAGUCGUCGUUAGACUCGAGGAGGACGCAUACGCAGCGGAAGCCGGAGGCCUUGGUCGCAGUCUUACCGUCCGCAAGGUUGCCGAAAUACCUGCUGGCCGGACAUCCUUGUCUGAGGAGAGCGAGGGAACGGCCGUGCAGACAAGGGCGAACACACCUCAGAUCGGAUUGAACCUGCAUUCGGAUGCGUCUUUCUAUGAGCCAUACUAUCACCAAGAUGAGCUCGACAGCGCUGGAUCUGGUGCUAGCACCCCUGCUAGAGGUCUAAUGGGUGGCUAUCAUGCGGUCGGCUACGCACCCACCAGCCAAGCCAGUACUCCAAACAAUCGUUCCUAUGCAACGAGUGUGAACAGCGACUACUCCAUGUGGGAUAACGGCAGAGUGAGCGAGACCCGGUGGAUCUGA